UUUUUUAAUGUGUUAAUUCAGUUAAACAGUUAAUCUGCAACAUUAAGUUCGUAUGAAGCUGAAAGAUAGAGUUGUGAUUGGUCCUUUUAAGUUGACGUCAUCCUCAAGUCACAAUUUCUGGCCCCGCCUCACUACAGGGCACUGUGACAUCACUGCAGGGGGCGGGGUCAGCAGCGGUCAGGAUGAAUAAUCAGUGUCUGUGAUGUAGCUUUGCAUGUUGUUGUUUUAAAGCAGCUCCCAGUCCGAGCAGGUCACCUGACCCUUGACCCCCCAGCUACUGACAUACCCCUCUAAGCUAUGUGCUGCCAUCUGUUAGAGCUGCUCCUCAUUGGCUGAUGGAGCUCAGGUCUGCAGGCCACGGAGAUAGGGAUUGGUUGGCAGAGUGCCUGGAAGAAGGGGGCGUGGACAUUAGCUGAUUGAUGGACAUCGGAAGUGGAGGAUGGAGGAGGAGGAGGAGGAGGAGGAGGCAGAGGAAGAGGAGGGGGAAGAAGAGGAGGAAGAGGAGGAGCCAGAGGAGGAGAAGCCAAGUAGAGUCGGUAAAUCCACAAUGAGCCGGUUCUGCUGCAGACAACAAGUGUUCAUCAGAGAGAGAGCGAAGAGGGCGAGGGAGGAUAAAACAAGGUUACUCUCAGCAGAGAGAGAGAGAGAGAGAGAGAGAGUGACGGGACGAAAUAGGGAGGAAGGAAAAGCAGGUUACCACGGCAACUCCAGGGACGUUGCUGCAGCGGCGAGGACUCCAGGACACACAGGUUGAAGACACGAUAAGAAGAUGGAGAAUAGACCAGCAUGUAUAGUCCGGGGACUGAUCCCAAUCAACGACAUUUAAUGAAUACCUUCAUGGGUUCCAGAAGGUCCUGGGGCCUUUUGUGCAAAUAGCGAGGGCCCACGGAAACAGAAGAUCUGGACUUUGAGGUGACUGAGUUGCCAGCAUGUCCCAGGCAGGUAAAGUCCUUCACCUGUACGUUGAGGUGAGGUCUGUCGCUGAGGAGGAAGGGCAGGUUCUUGAAGGAGGAAAUAGUGGAACUAACCACCUGACGCUUUCAUGCCAAGAUGUCCUCCCUCACUCUCAGAGGAGCUCCACUCACUCUAGUCCCAACCGCAGCCCAGAUCUUUCACCAAUUACUCGGCAUCACACCGGGCGCGGGACUGAAAGCUUACCCCCUUCCAAGUCCUCGUCUAGGCACUCCGUCAGCUUCCAACUUCAAAACCCAGACGCAACAGGAUCUCCUACACAGUUCUAUCGGCAGGAUGUGUUAAAUGACGAAUUUUCUCAGUUACUCCAGGUCAUUUCACCUGGAAUGACCGGUCCAGGCCGGCAUGGAUCACUGGGACGUGCCCAUUCAAUUGACAUGGAUCCCUACCAGGAAAGGUUACCGAUCUCGCCGUCUUCUACAUCCUCUGGGAGGCUGACUGUACCCACCACACCCACCACCAACCGUAGGUCCUAUGAUAUCCAGGCGGUGGAGGGUGAGGACGGAAGGACAUCUGUGGUGACCUAUGGCUACAUAGAAAAAGCAAACAUUCAUAGCAUGGGAAGCCGGCGUGAGUUGGACAACCCUUUAAAUAGAACGGAGGGGCAAAACCUACCUGCCCAUCUCUGUAAAAGACUGAGUGACCCAGUGUGGUGCAAUGGUCAGCCAGCACGGGGGGACCCUUACACUAAUCACCCCAACCCGUCUCAUUAUCAGGGUACGCAGGGCUCACCUCACCCGCAGAGGGCUACUUUGGAUGCUGUAGCCACCUACAGAGCCUGGGAGGAGAUCGGAUCCUCUGAAAUCCGGCGACAAUGUGGCAGUCAUGGCCCAAACAACUGCAGCCCAACUCUGCCACGGCACUACCAAUCCCCUCGCUGCAGGUCCUUGGGGGGGUCCCCCGUCCUGCCCCGAAGCACCCACACCCUGCCAUCCAAGUUGCAGCUCUUGGAGAUGGACAGGGGAAUCUGCCGUAGUGCAGUUAAUGGGCUGCCCCGAAGUCCAGCCUCUGACCACCUGUGUGCCCACACUGGUUACUCCUCCCACUCAGUUGUUCCAACCUCAACCUUAUACUCCCAUGGCCUGCCUCAGAGCCAUCAGAGGCCAUGGACAGGGGAUGAGAGCCCCAGGUUGUCCAGCAAAUUUCAUCCACCUUUACCUGCGGGGAGACCUACAGACAUCCAACACGAGAUCCCAUCUAGAUCACCCCCCCGCAGCAACCAGCGCAGGACUGGCCACCAAACAAGUGGAAACUCCCACCACUGUGUUGACACUAGCUACAAUGCUAAAGACAGUAAACAGUACUGUGCUCACCAUAUGUCAACUUUUCCCAGCAAGAGUCACUCCAAACCAUUACACUGUAGUAGCAGAACCAGGGAUGCAGUUGUGGGCAGGAGAAGUGUCUCCCCAUCCUUACAUGCUGAAGUGGCUGGUACUUUAGCUGUGGAGGCUGCCAGACUGUCCAGUAAUCAUGUGUCUCCUUCACCAACACCUUCUCCAGCUGAGUCACUGAGGUCAGAGAGUCCCAAGAUGGUGGCAUCAUUCCUAAAAGAAUCCCAACCAUAUGCCUCUCUUCAAGGCCAGGUCUCCCCUGAACCUCUGUCGGGGGACAACCACAACCACAAAUGUAAAACAGACAAACCGAUACCUCAAACCAGACUAGGACCUGUCUCCCCCCUCUUGUCCCAGACAGGCCUCUCUUCCUCAGCAUCUCCAGCUUUACAGGCUAGGCUGCAGAGAGUUACUACUUCUCAAUCUCCAGCUUUAGACCCAAAGCAACAACGGAGUUCAUCACUAGGUAAAGACAUGUCCUCCCUGCACCGCUACCAGCCACCACAGUACACUGGAGGCCAUAAAGCACCCGGUAUGGAGCUGAGGCAGCAGAACCUCUUUAAUAGAUCACCUGAACUCUGCAGGAGACUUCUCUCCAGCCAAAACACAGACGCUUUACCUGUGAGCUGGACCUCCAGGCACCAGGAGUGGAGGGACACUGGACCAGUCCAAUACAGGGACAAACUCUGUGAUCAAGACUACAGUCAGACAAACUGUAAAGUUUACACUCCAAGCAAGGAGGAGAAUCACAGGAUUGAUAGAGAAAACAAAGAAGUCGUAACGUCAGUGCAGGGGAACCAGAGGUCAGUUGAAGGCGUCCAGGAUCAGAGGGAGGAGGUUCAGGACCACAGUGGGGCUGGUGGGACGUCUUCUCAGAGCUCCAGUGGGGUGACAGGCAGCGUGGGAGACAGUUUCCAGCUGGAGAGAAACGACAGUCUGUUCCCUGAGACCUCGAGCCAGUCCAGCCACGAUACGACCGACACGGGCUCUGGGAUGCAGUCGGACAGCGGCUCAGCUUCGAUUGCUUCCUCGCGCUCGCAGAAGAUCGCCCAGGCCAAGUGGGACUUCCUGUUUGGAGGCCAGGGGGAGGAGCCUCGCUGCUGUCGAGCUGAAGGCUCAUCCUCAACGCCACUGACCAGUGGCUCUCCCAGCCCCACCCCUCCCUCCUUCCUACAUCUGAAAACAGCUAAUCAGAGGAGGGGGCGGGACAACCCGGGUCCAAAGUUUUCACAUCACAAAGUGCGGCAGGUCGAGGUGGAGCUGGUGACGCCUUCCCUCACAGGCACCAACCGGGAGACGGGUAUUAUCCGCCGGAGCAUUAAAUACUCUGAAACUGAUCUGGACGCUGUUCCGCUGCGCUGCUACAGAGAAACCGACCUGGACGAGGUGAUGCGGGCGGAGGCGGAGACAGCAGAGGAGGCAGAGGCGGACUCGGCCUUUGGGAGUAACCGCAGCGUCCAGGGAAACUCCAGCUUCAGCCCCGCUGACGCCCCCCCGAAACCCCGGGCAGGACGAAGGGAGGAGGGGGAGGAAGAGGAGGAGGAAGAAGAAGAAGAGGAGGAGGAGGAAGGAGUGGUGAGCUGGGCCAGUGUCAGGAUGCUAGGAGACAAACAGAGACAAAGAGCCACUAAAGACGAGGACGAGGUGUUCGGUCUGCUGCUGAAGGGGCCGUCGGAGGCUUCGUCCGAAAACCACGGAGGCCUCAAGUCUCCGGUCUCUGUGGGCAGCCCCCGCCGACCCUCCGACAGCAACCUCGACUCCUUCAGCCGCCAUUUUGAAAACAUCAUGGAGUCUCACCGGGCCAAAGGCACCUCGUACAGUAGCCUGGACAGUGUCGACCUGCUGACCUCUGGAUCCACGUCCGUGUUCACCUUUGACCUGCCGACCCUCACCCCUGAGAUCCAGAGUCAGAUUUGCGACAGCGCCAAGCAGAUCAUUGACCUGAGCUUCGCCCCGCUGGCCCGCCCGGACCCGGCCUCCACCUCAGAGACCUCUCGCUCCGACAUCAGCCUCAGCGCCUCGGUGGCCCGGCUCCGAGCGGGGUCCGGAGACGACACUGGCCCUCCGGUCCGCUCCAGGUCAGAGAAGGAUUCGUGGCGUCGCUCCAACCUCAAAGAUGGCUUCCGAAAAGCGACCUCGGCCCCGUCCCUCCACAGCAGCCCCAGGGAGCGUCUGGUGAACCGCCCCCCCGAGCUGCUGUACCCACAGGCUGACGUAGCUGAGCGCCUGGCGCUCGGCGGCAGCGACGACGAGCUGGCCAACGGCACGAAGGCCGACCUGCAGGCCGCCAAGCGCCUCGCCAAACGCCUCUACCACCUGGACGGCUUCAGGAAGUCUGACGUCGCCCGACACCUGAGCAAGAAUAAUGAGUUCAACCAGAAGGUGGCAGAAGAAUAUCUCUGUAACUUUAACUUCAGCGGUCUGAACAUCGACCAGGCGCUCAGGUCGUUCCUGAGGCAGUUUGCUCUGAUCGGAGAAACUCAGGAGAGAGAGAGAGUCCUCGCUCACUUCUCCAGGAGAUUCAGACAAUGUAACCCCGAGAGUCUGACCACGGAAGACAGCAUCCACACUCUGACCUGUGCCGUGAUGCUGCUGAACUCUGACCUUCAUGGAAACAACGUGGGGAAGCGGAUGUCCUGCAGUCAGUUCAUCUCCAACCUAGAAGGUCUCAACGAUGGAAAAGACUUCCCCAAAGAUCUGCUGAAGAUUCUCUACAGCUCCAUCAAGAACGAGAAGCUGCAGUGGACCAUUGAUGAAGAGGAGUUGAGGAAGUCGAUGUCGGAGUUGGCUGACGUCCGAACAGACUCCGCCUCCCACACCAUGAAGCGACUGGGAGGGGGAGGGAACCCGCUGCUUGGCGUUGCCCAGCAGGCGGACGGCGAGCUCUACAAGAGCGGCUUCCUGGUUCGAAAGGUCCACGCCGACCCCGACGGAAAGAGAACGCCGCGGGGUAAGAGAGGCUGGAAGUCUUUCUACGUCUUGCUGAAGGGUCUUGUGCUCUACCUGCAGAAGGACGAGUACCGUGCGGAGCGGGAGCUGACGGAGGAGGACGUGAAGAACGCGGUGUCCAUCCAUCACUCGCUCGCCAUGCGGGCGGCCGACUACAGCAAGAGGCCCAACGUGUUCUACCUGAGGACGGCCGACUGGAGGGUGUUCCUGUUCCAGGCUCCGAACGCGGAGCAGAUGCAGUCCUGGAUCACGCGCAUCAACGUGGUGGCAGCCAUGUUCUCGGCUCCGCCCUUCCCGGCGGCGAUCGGCUCUCAGAAGAGAUUCAGCCGCCCUCUGCUGCCGGGAUCCAACACCAAACUGACCCAGGAAGAGCAGGUCAAGUCCCACGAGAACCGCUUCAGGGGCGUUUCGUCCGAGCAGGACGACCUGACGACCUCCAUGCCGAAUCGCAAGGUCAAAGGUCGUGAGCUGGAGGAACAGAAACUCCGACAGGAUUACCUGGAGUUUGAGAAAACUCGUUACGGUACGUACGCCAUGCUGCUCAGAGCCAAGCUGGCGAGCGGGGACGAGGACCUGACGGCCUUCGAGUCGCGGCUGUUUGACGACGGAGGCCUGCAGAGGACACACUCCAGUCCCUCGCUGCCUCAGGACGCCGCCAACAAGGAGAAAAUUUGUGGAACCAAGACGUCAAAGAGCCUAAAGGUCACGUCUUCAUCGUCAGCCACCAGGCAGGGAAGCAAGAAGAAGAACGGGAGCAACCAGCAAGCUGAGCUGCAGAAACAGAGCAGCAACCGGGAGGAGGCGCCGUAAGACGCAGAGGCUGCUGGUGAAGCUGGAGAAGGACACGAAGCAUCAUGGGUAACAGGCUGACUCCUCCUUUCCACCUUCUCCAUUAAACCCCAGUCAGAUUGUGAUUGGCUGGGCUAAGGCGUUGGGUGAAGAGACACUCGUCACAGAAGAAGAAACAUCAGAGACGAGCUGAUGUUGAAACUUGAAGACGCCAUUUCUGCACAGUGCACAACCGCUGCUGAGUUUCAAAAUAAAAGCUUUAUUUCCUGUUCAAGCUUUCAUUUCAGGGACUUUGUGGAAGUGAUGCAGAUUAAGCUUAAACAUCACAGACUAUUGUGUUUGACGCCAGGACCUUCUGGGACCCUCCAUUGCCCUGAAGGACCCAACAGGUACCUCCAGGACCCUCCAGAGCCCUGAAGGACCCCACAGGACCCUAACGGACACUAUAGGACCCUCUAGGACCCUCUAGAGCAUUAAAGGACCCGACAGGACCCUCCAGAGCCCUGGAAAACCCACAGGUACUUCCUGGACCUUACAGGGCUCUCUGCGACCCAGGCAGGACCCUCCAGAGCCCUGAAGGACCCCACAGGACCCUAAUGACACUAUAGGACCCUCUAGGACCCUCUAGAGCAUUAAAGGACCCGACAGGACCCUCCAGAGCCCUGAAGGACCCCACAGGACCCUAACGGACCCUCUAGGACCCUCUAGAGCAUUAAAGGACCCGACAGGACCCUCCAGAGCCCUGGAAAACCCACAGGUACUUCCUGGACCUUACAGGGCUCUCUGCGACCCUGAAGGACCCUUCUGGAUCCUACAGGAUCCUACAGGAUCCUACAGGAUCUGGUUUUGUCUGAACCUUUUCUUUCAGAGCGACAAACACUGACCUCAUGCUGCUUCUCCUAGCAACCGACAGGGAGGCAGGUUGCCUUGCCGACCACACAUGACAGACAGAGUGUGGGAGUGUUGCUGCGACGACCAAGCAAAGGGGGGGAGGUUGAGAAGGGGGGGGUGACAAUCCAGAGUCACAACGCACAACAAACACACAAAAAUCCUGUGUGUGUGUGUGUGUGUGUGUGUGUGUGUGUGUGUGUGUGUGUGUGUGUGUGUGUGUGUGUGUGUGUGUGUGUGUGUGUGUGUGUGUGUGUGUGUGUGUGUGUGUGUGUGUGUGUGUGUGUGUGUGUGUGUGUGUGUGUGUGUGUGUGUGUGUGUGAUCAUGAUGUACGGAGGCUGAUCAGUGUCACUGCAGUUUGUUCUAUUUCUGUGGUUUUUCUCGAGUUCUGCUCGGAGCUCAGAUUCUGUACGGAGGGUCGUUAGUGACAAACACUGAGCAACAAUCAAAUCAUAAAUUAUUAAAGAGGAAAUAAGACAUAAAAGAAAAUGAAUUGAACCUUGUCAACAGAAAAUGAUAAACACUUAAUACUCUUAAUACUAAUAAAUUAUAAUAAUAAUAAACAUAAUGUAGUUGCUGUUUGAUGUUUGCUCAGCUGUUUGCUCUUGAAUGAAUCGUCACAUCGUCUUCGUCACUGAUGAAGAAGAAACGUUCACGUGAAAUGAUGAUUGAUCGAUCAGCUGGAGGAGAAGGUGUGAAGUGUCAGGGACCAAUGAGAAUCCACCGCUUCACCGCUGCAUCGUUAACAACAGCAGUCGUUACGAUCCUCCUCCUCCAUCUUCUUCCUCUUCUUCACUUCCUCCUCCUCCUCCUCCUCCAUCUUCUUCCUCUUCUUCACUUCCUCCUCCUCCUCCUCCUCCAUCUUCUUCCUCUUCUUCACUUCCUCCUCCUCCUCCUCCUCCAUCUUCUUCCUCUUCUUCACUUCCUCCUCCUCCUCCUCCUCCAUCUUCUUCCUCUUCUUCACUUCCUCCUCCUCCUCCUCCUCCAUCUUCUUCCUCUUCUUCACUUCCUCCUCCUCCUCCUCCUCCAUCUUCUUCCUCUUCUUCACUUCCUCCUCCUCCUCCUCCUCCAUCUUCUUCCUCUUCUUCACUUCCUCCUCCUCCUCCUCCUCCAUCUUCUUCCUCUUCUUCACUUCCUCCUCCUCCUCCUCUUCUUCACUUCCUCCUCCUCCUCCUCCAUCUUCUUCCUCUUCUUCACUUCCUCCUCCUCCUCCUCCUCCUCCUCCAUCUUCUUCCUCUUCUUCACUUCCUCCUCCUCCUCCUCCUCCUCCUCCUCUCUGUCUCAUGGCAGAGUUUCAUCACAGAAAGUUGAAUCUGUCGCUGGUGUCGUUCAUUAUUUAUUUGACUGGAGCGGGCCACGAUCACUAACCCACUGACUGGUCGUCUGUGGUUCGAUGCCCUGAACUCUCCUCAUGUCACCUGAUCCCCACGACCUCUUGUGGUCAUGACGAUGUCCCCUCAGACCAUCACCUCCCUCUGUGAUUCGGUUUGUUUCUGUGAAAUGAAAUGUGACCUUUGACCCCGUCCGCCCAUCUUCGUCUCGGCCUCGUUCAUGGCCUGCCGACGGACGCGGGUGGUUUGACCUCUGACCCCCAGGUCCUAUUUGCUCAAAUAUCCAGUAAGACUUUUUGCACUGUGCAGUGUAACGCAGCGUAGGAAGACUUCGGCUUCAGCUCCUCGUCUGUAUCCGAACUCUGUAAAUACACGUUGACAUUGAGAAGCCAUAUUGUGGUCGGGCUGACGGCCUCGCCAGCGCUCGCUGUGGAUUAGGACACUUUGGUUUAGAUGUUUCAGAGCCAUAGAUGUCGACUCGACUGUUUUAUUUAUUCUUUCGUCCUCGUUGCUGUGAAUGUUCUGGGGGCUUUGCUGCGGCUGAGUGUUGCUGCCAGCUCGCCAACCAACAGCUGUACAUACUGUCCACUUCCUGUGAGGUUUUGGUCGUAGUGAAACUUGGACUCUGUUUACACCUGCUAUUAAAAUGUGUUUCAGGUAAUCAGAUUACAAUCAGAAAGACUGAGUAAACAGGAAGUUUACUCAGGAAGAUGCCUGAGUUCAGCGUGAAGAAGGAAACUUCUUCUGUCUUUGUUUGAACCAAUCAGAGGAGGAGGUGACGUCUGCUGACUCAGAUCUCCGUGUGGACACAUGUUGACUCCAGCUGUGGAUCACGUUCGUUUUAAUUUCAGCUGUAAACUGAGUCACAAAUAUGUUUGUAUCAUUCGGAGGCGUAGACACAAAAAUAAAGAUGAGAGUGAAACUCA